AUGCAGGUGUGGCGCAAUGUCUCAAGCUUCCGCCGCCGCGCGCGCAACGCAGAGAUCAUUGAGGAGAAGUUGCGGGAUGAGGUCAAGUCGAAGGUGGUGAAAAGGACCUAUGAGCAAAUGGGCGCAAUGGACGAGCACGUGAAGGCACUCAAGGAGAAGGCUGCAAGGGAGGAAGCCGAGGAAGAAGCCGAGCUGGUAAGGCUGAGCGAGGGCUGGUCUAGGGCGCGCGCUGUACAGUGGGAGAGACAGUUGGCGGCCGCCAUGGCAGACAACAGCAGCGAAACCAGCAGUAUGAAGAGCGGGGCCACUACGGUCCUCAGGAACAAUCGGAGCGAGUCAUGUUUGCCUUCGCGUACCUAUCUGGACAACACGGAGGUUCUGCAUGCGCAACGCCCGCCCUCGCCGUUGCACUACCAUGACUACGGGCACAUCUCGGUGCGCCCGCGAUCCAAACAGCAGCAGCUCAGGAACAAGGCAGGGGGGCCUUGCCGGCCCCACUACCGCCAAGACUUCUGCGGCGUUUACUUCCCGGGCCCCGAUGGGAAGCAGGGGCCCUACGGUGUGAGCAUGGUGGAGCCCAUCCUGAUGCCUCCCAGGUGUUGGGAUCAAGUCAAGCAGCCUCCCGACCGAUACAGCCGGGAUGUGGCCGAGAUGCGCCCGCGCACAGCGGAGGGCCGAGACCGGCCCCUCCUGAAGAGCCCGGCAGAGGAGAUGCUGACCCAGCAUGAGCAGGCAAAGCCGAAGCCCUCUGUGCGAACCACCCGGGCCCACCGGGCCAUGGUUCAAAGGAGGAAGGAAGCUGCCCGCAAGAAGGACCAGGAGGCCUUCAUUGAGUCCGUGCGCUUCGAGCAAGGUCAAUACGAAGGCCGCUUCUCCAAUCCUUUGGUGAAAGACUCUGGGCUGCCCAACGAGAAGAUGAUUGCCGCUGUCGACAACAUUGGCGCGGAACCAGCUGCUGAUGAAUAUGACGGGCCACGAGUUGCCUGGGACGCCAAGGAGCCCUGGGAGUCGCUGGGCCUGGCGAAGCACAUCUUCCUGGGCCUCCACGACGUGAUGCGCGAGCGAAGAGCCAACUUGAAGCAUCUCUUCAAGUACGUGAACCAGGGUGUGCCAGGCAUCUUAGAGCCGUCAGACUUCCUGGAGGGCCUGCAGCGCCUGGGCAUCUUAGAGCGAGGGGAAGUGUCUGCCCAGCAGAUGGCAGAUCUCAUGCACGACACGGACCCCAACUUCGAUGGCCGGGUGGCCCUCAGCCACAUCUACAAGUGCGUGGCCGCGGCCAAAGCGCGGCUGAUGCCGGCACAAACCACGCGCAAGAACGUGAAGCAGGAGGCCAUGGAGGUCUACUCCCAGUGGGUGCCCGUGGAGACCGUUGCCGUGGAUCGGCAGCCCAAGUCUCUGUGGGACUUCGAGUGCUCCUUCGAACGCCUCAGGAAGCAGCAGGAUGCCCUGCUGGUCAUCCACAAGGAGAAGGAUCGCAAGAGCCCCGACCCCGACUAG